AUGGAGGAACGCGGGUCGCCCGACGGGGACCCCGCGCGGAACCUGGAGCAGGGGCCGGAGGGGCCAGAAACGCCCAUCCAGGUGGUGCUCAGGGUGCGUCCCAUGAGCGCUGCCGAGCUGCGUCGAGGGGAGCAGAGCGCGCUGCACUGCUCAGGGACCCGGACUCUGCAGGUGAGCCCCCCGGGCGGGGGCCCGGACGUGGCUUUCCGCUUCGGCGCGGUGCUGGACGGAGCUAGCACCCAAGAUGACGUGUUCCGCGCGUGCGGCGUGCGGCGCCUGGCAGAGCUGGCGCUGCGCGGCUUCUCCUGCACCGUCUUCACUUUCGGCCAGACCGGCUCCGGGAAGACCUACACCCUGACCGGACCUCCUCCCCAGGGAGAGGGGGUGCCUGUACCCCCCAGCCUGGCUGGCAUCAUGCAGAGGACCUUCGCCUGGCUGUUAGACCGCGUGCAGCACCUGGAUGUUCCUGUCACUCUCCGUGCUUCUUACCUGGAGGUCUACAAUGAGCAGAUUCGGGACUUGCUGAGUCUGGGGGCUCCCCGGCCCCUCCCUGUUCGCUGGAACAAGACCCGGGGCUUCUAUGUGGAGCAGCUGCGGGUGGUGGAGUUUGGGAGCCUGGGGGCCCUCAUGGAACUUCUGCAAAUGGGUCUUAGCCGUCGAAGGAGCUCCGCUCAUACCCUGAACCAGGCCUCCAGCCGAAGCCAUGCCCUGCUCACACUCUACAUCAGCCACCAAACUCCCCUCCCAAGUCCCCAUGGAGCCCUGAUCCUCCAACCCCAGCAGAUGCCUCCUGUGGACCCCGUGGAACCCCCCGCUGGGGGGAAGCUGUGCUUUGUAGACCUGGCCGGCAGUGAGAAGGUGGCGGCUACAGGAUCCCGUGGGGAGCUGAUGCUUGAGGCCAACAGCAUCAACCGCAGCCUGCUGGCCCUGGGUCACUGCAUCUCACUGCUGCUGGACCCUCAGCGGAAGCAGAGCCACAUCCCCUUCCGGGACAGCAAGCUCACCAAGCUGCUGGCAGAUUCGCUAGGGGGCCAUGGGGUCACCCUCAUGGUGGCCUGCGUGUCCCCCUCAGCCCAGUGCCUUCCCGAGACCCUCAGCACCCUGCGAUAUGCAAGCCGAGCUCAGCGGGUCACCACUCGGCCACAGGCCCCCAGGUCCCCCAAGGCAAAGCCGCCCCAGCACCUGGAGGCUGAGCCAUUGCAGCUGCAGGAGGAGAACCUUCACCUGCGGUCCCAGCUGGGCCAAAUGGACCCCAAGGCCUCUGGACUCAGUGGGGCCCGGGUGGCCUGGGCUCAGCGGAACCUCUACGGGAUGCUGCAGGAGUUCAUGCUGGAUAAUGAGAGGCUCAGGAAAGAGAAGAAGCGUCUGCAGAGCAGCCGGGACCUGGCCUACAGCGAGCAGCGCAUCCUGGCCCGGCAGGUCCGCGAGCUGGAGCGGCAUCUCCUCUCUGCCUGCUGCUUUCAGCAGCCAGGCCCUGGCCCAGCCCCACCGUGUCCCUGUGUGAUGGUGCCACCUCUCCUGUGCCAUGCCCCGCCACCCCUCUGCCCCCGCUGCCAACUCUGUCCCCUGUGCCAUGCGCCGCUGGCCCACUGGGCCUGCCCACGGAGGGAACUCCACCUGCCCCAGGUGUUUGGCUCUAAGGCCCCAGUUGAUGGGCCCCUGUCCACCCGGCCCCCGCCCUGGGCACCCCCAUGCUGCCCUAGCUCUGCCAAGUGCUCAAGAGAGAGGAGUCACAGUGAGUGGACUCAGACCCAGGUUCUGGCAGAGAUGCUGACCGAGGAGAAAGUGAUGCCCUCUGCACCUCCCCUGCCCACGGGGCCACUGAACGCAUCGCCAGUGCUGAGAGCGGGGGCUGCAGUUCCAAACCUGGCCCGGAGACUGGAGGCCCUCAGAGACCAAAUCGGCACCUCCCUGCGACGUGGCCGGAGCCAGCCACCCCCUCGCUGAGGGCACACGGAGCCCUAGCCAGGCCCUCCCUGCCUGCUGCGGGCAGCGUGGGAACCCCGGAGACCUUCAUGUGGCAUUGGGCUGGGCUCUGCACUCUGCGUUUCAGUCUCUCCAUCUGUUCAAUGGCGUAGCAGCCGCUGCUCUAGUCUGCAGCUGGCCUGGGCAGAGGCCAGGCCUGGGCAUGGGGGCUGA